AUGGACCACUCAACUCAGAAAAAGCCGUCUCUACCCCGUUUGUCCACCAAAGUCCCCGUGGAAUCCCAAUCAACACCCUUGCUACCACAGCUGCCGAAUCUCCAGGACAUUAAUGUACGCCCCAAGCGACCAGUGACCAUGCCUUCCCCAUUUCCAGGUCGAGAGGAGAAUAUUUUCCCCUCUGUUGAUGAUGCCUCCGAGUCCAAAGUUAUGUAUUCGACCAAGGAGUCCGAGGAUGCACCGGUGAAAAAGAAAUCACACCACUAUGAGGACACUUUUGCGACUCGUGGUUCCCAUAAUUCUCCCCAGGACCGAAUCGCUCAGGACUCCGUGGUCGUCGCAGAGCUUCAAACAAACUGCAAGGUUCAAGAUGAAUCACAAAGGCUCGUUGCCGAUCUGAUCUUUCGCCUGGCUCAAAUCUACCAGCGUCCAGAGACAUGCAUUAUGCUCGCUAUCCAACAGAACACCGGCGUGUUCUUUGGUAGCACGACAGAACUUUCUUAUCUACUGAAGAUAUACGCCCUCCCAUCCUCCAUUGCACCCUUCACCAACCUCCGCAACACCAAUCUGAUUCAGGCUGCCAUGCACGACUUGUUACACAUCCCCAAAGAUCAAGGCGUCAUCGUUUUCCUACCUGUCUCGGAGGACAAUCUUGCCACUAAUGGGUCGACUGCUCGAGGCGAGAUCGCCCGCCUGGAACGUAAUGACCAGGAAGAAAGUCCGGGUCUCUUUAAAACGAUCUCGCGAUCAAUGUCUCGCCGUCUGAAAACAAACAGUGGGCAGAGUGUGCCUAUCUCCUUUACAUCUACUGUUGAAGCUUCCACUGUUUCUCCAUCAAUGCAGAGUGAGGUUCGUCAUUCGCCGGUCGUUGUGGACGAUGCAGUGGUAUCUCCAGAAGAAAGAGGAAGAAGCAACCUUCGAAAGCGCACGUCAUUGCGGGAUCUUAUUCGCCGAAGGGUCCUGGCUGCCAUAGACAAGGACACAAAAGAAAAGGCGAAACAGGUGACCAAGAAGGACGACUCAAUGGAAGAUGAGUCCAAGGAGAAGGCUAAAAAUCAAAUUCCUGAGGAGAAGGAAGAGCAGUAG